UAUGUCAGUAUAAAGUAACCUAUAAAGUGCCCAUUUCACCAAGCCCUAUGUCAUUCCACAUUUUAUUUGGGAUCCUCCCUUGAUUCCUCGGAACUUCUAGUUCCAGGCUAGGUGGCAAUGGCUUGUUUUGGGUGAUUGCAUUUUAUGCCUGCAACAAUGAGUUCUCACGGAUAUGACUCUGGGAAAGCUUCCCCAGGUAAGUUGAGGAGAUUGAAGGAGCUAUUGCUUAAAGACGAUAAUCGCACGUGUGCUGAUUGUGGUGCUCCUGAACCCAAAUGGGCGUCAGCAAAUAUUGGUGUCUUCAUAUGCUUAAAAUGCUGUGGUGUGCACAGAAGCCUCGGUACACAUAUUUCAAAGGUCUUGUCUGUGUCCUUAGAUGAUUGGACUGAUGAUCAAAUUGACUCAAUGAUUGAAGUUGGUGGGAAUUCCUCUGCAAAUGCAAUUUAUGAAGCUUCUAUUCCUGCAGGCUUUUCAAAGCCUGGUCCUGAUUCAGGCUAUGAAGAACGCUCUCAUUUUAUAAGGUCUAAAUAUGAAUUGCAAGAAUUUUUGAAACCGAGCUUGAGAAUCAUAUCAUUUUCAGCACAAAGGAACUCUUCUGUUCAAUCUUAUGAUUCUAGGACAUCACAAAAGAUGGUAGGGAUGGUGGAAUUCAUUGGCUUGAUGAAAGUCAAAGUGAUAAAGGGUACAGAUUUAGCAAUUAGAGAUAUGCUCUCUAGCGAUCCUUAUGUUAUCCUUACAAUUGGACAGCAGAGGGUGAAGACUAAGGUGAUAAAGAGCAAUUUGAAUCCAGUUUGGGAUGAAGAACUAAUGCUUUCGGUUCCAGAAAGUUAUGGGGCCCUUAAACUGCAAGUCUUUGAUCAUGACACCUUCUCAGCUGAUGACAUUAUGGGCGAAGCUGAGAUCGACAUCCAGCCCUUGGUUACAGCUGCCAUGGCCCAUGAGGAUGUGGGGUUCGUAGAAGAUAUGCAGAUUGGGAAGUGGCUGGCUUCAAGUGACAAUGCACUCCUUAAAGAUAGCAUCAUCAGAAUUGUGGAUGGUAGUGUGAAGCAAGAAGUCUCUCUCAAGCUUCAGAAUGUUGAAUCCGGAGAAAUUGAACUCGAACUUGAGUGGAUGCCUCUUGAUCAAUGAGGAGUCAAGUCAAAUCUAGAGAUGAAUACUCCGUCGAAAACAUCUGUUAUUGGUCUUGGUUUGAUUUCUUGCAACCUCGCAGGUUCUUGAUUGUUGUACUAAAAACAUUGCUUAUUUAUGAUUGAUGAAAAUGCUUGUAUAUCUCAAUGGUUUUUUCUCUAAUAUAUGACUUCACAAACUUAACUACCGAAAAAAGGCGCCACAAACUUAAGUUUGGCCUUGGAUCUAA